AUGACCAGGAGCAAAACGAGAAGAAAGUCAAGAUCGAGAGUUCAAGCGACGAUAAGCUCAAUGUUGCGAGGGCAAGAGCUGCGGCAAUCGCUGCACGCAUUGCCGCCAGUGCUCAAAAGAAUGCAACAGACACUGCAGAGGAUGUCGCGGCUGAAGAUGACGCCACUACCGUCAAGGUCGAAGACAAGGUCGACGAAGAGUCUAACAAGGUUGACGAGAAAGUCAGUUCCACCUAAGCAUCGCGAGGCGUUUUUGGAGAAAUCAGGCGUUCGAAUGAGGAAUCAAAAUGGGGCUUGUGCCUGGUUAACAGUCAUUGGGCAAAGGGCAUGCUGCGUCUUUUGA